AUGUCGAAUUUGGUAGAAGCUAACCUAGCAAAAACUACUGGCAUCGUUGGAAUAGCAGUGGGUAUAUGUGGUCUGGGAAAUGUGAUCUGUGGCUUCAUUUGGCUUGGGCAUAAUGGAUACGGAGGACACGGACUAUGGUCUGGCUUUGGGGUAGGUUAUUUCUGUUACUAUUUAUCUGGAAAUAAAGUACUUCAGUUUGUAGAUACCAUAUAUAUAUAUACGCUUCCUUUAAGUUAUUGGGCAACGGACGGAAGUCAAGAAAACAGUGCAAAUAGGCGUUGAGGCAACGGACAGGUGCAGUUGGCGAUGGCGAUAAGUCGUUUAGCCCAAAGACUUCGCUUUUCUUAAACAAUUAACUCAUACUUAGUUUAACAAAAGUUAGUUUUAUGUCUAUCGCCCCAUACUUCAUUCAUAUCAAACAGAUUUAUAUGAUUCAUCAAAUCCAAUAUGACCUUGGUUUUUUCAAGGGAACGUUUCCUAAAGUUUGACCUAACUCAAAACUAAUGCUUAUUCGUCCACUGCGCCCGGCAAAAGAAGAGAAAUAUAUAUUAUUUAACUUUGAUUCGAGAAGGCUGGCAAUAGAAAGUUAAGUUUCUUCUUUUUUUAAUUUAAUUUUCCUUGAAUUUCCUUAUAACUUUCAAUCAUUCGUCAAAAUCAUUCGUCAAAAAUACUCUGUAAAGGUUUAUUUGUUUUAUGGACUGUCCUUUUAAUGAAAAAGAUGGUGUGCGCUUUCAGAAUAUUGCAUGUGUGGGUGUCUAGGAAAAGUACUGUUGGACUCUUAGCUUGGAGGCUUUUUUGCCUUUCUUCGCGGCUGAGGGUUUUGAGGUAUCGCAUGAACAAAUUCUCGCUUUAAGAGUUGGCUAUCGAGUCACCUCAUGGAAACAGUUUCCGCACUGCAAAGCAGCCGCCGUUGUUGAUUCAAUAAUUUAUACUCGCGUAAUGAUAUGGUGCAGUGUUACUAAUAUUGAGAGACGAUUUCCAUCGUCAAUAUAGGGAAAAGAAAUAAGUAAGUGAUGGGUUUCUUAACUCGCUCCUGAUAACAGCAAGGUACUUAAGAGACGCUUACUACUACGCUUGGUUUCUUAAAAGUAACCCUACUCUUUCCAUUUAAUUUGCGUUUAAAUAGGUAUGCGUUAUAAAGGUUUGAUUAAACUGAAAAAUGACUAUAGAUUUCACAAAUUUAAAAGAAAAAAUACUUCAAAUUUCAUGAAGCAUUAGGAUCAAGCUAUAAAAGUCUUAUAAAGAAAUGUAUUAACUGCGCAACUUCUUUCUGAACGGAUCUUGUGAUCUGUUACCGAAGGUGCCAUAUUGUCUCAAUUGUUUACCUUUUUAGUCUAUUCUCCUUCAAUCUUCCUCAUAUUUGCAUAUCAAAACCAUUAAAUCUUUCGAGUGCCGUGAAUUAAUGUUCCCUGACCACUGCUUACACGCUUAAAUCUAAGCAAACUACCAAAAUCUGACACUGCACACGGAAUACUAACUAAUUUUUUAACUCACAGGCCCCUUAUAAACCUAAGAUUUCAUUGCUCGUGGAGCAAAUAUACAAAAACAUCAGUGCUCUUGAUAGACAACAAGUUAGAAUAGUGUUCGACACCUGCUACGCCGUACAUCUACACAAUAUUAAAUUAACAGAUUUAACUGAUUUAUCAAGUCCAAUACGACCUUGUUUUUUCAAGGGAACAUUUCCUAAAGAUUGACCUAACUCAAAACUAAUGCUUAUUCGUCCACUGCGCCAGGCAAAAGAAGAUCAUUUUAAUAGCAAAUCCUGACUUUGUCAAAUACACUCGUUGAUUUAUGGAAAUCUUUUUACGAGUCGUUAGGAUGCGCCUGCUGAGAAUUUAGUCAAAAUAUAAUGCAAUAUGUUUUUCGUUUUAAUUUAAGAGCUCAUGUUUAGCUUCAGCCCUUUUUUCGAUGUCGAAAACUGGGAUUUCUCUGGAAAAGUAGCAAUUUUAGAUUUGUAGUCUUUACGUAAGUUAUAAUUAGCUCUUAUCCAGUCCCUAAAAUAAGAGAGGGGUCAGGAUCGAAAACAAUUUCCUUGAUCUUGCGGACUGCCGUUUGCGCUAAAAAUAUGUUGGCGGCCUGGGUCCCCCGGUUCCCCCCUCUCCCCCGUAGAUCCGUCGCUGAAGAAGAACAUUUAUAAUCUUCCGUCUUGAAAGGGAAUUAAAACUUUGUUUCUUUACUUUACUUUACUUAUUUUUACUUGCAGUUGAUUUUUGCUGCCGUAUUGGGUAUGAUAAUAUGGCGGAACAGAAACAAGAACUUGGUAAGUGCUUUCGCUUUUUGUUAUAAAAAUGAACCUGUUCAACUUUGAUGAUGAUGAUGAUGAUGAUGAUGGUGACGAUAGGAUGACGAUGAUAAUGGUGGCGAUAAAGAUGAGUCCCGCAAAACCUGAAUUCAGAAAAAUAUUCAUUCUUUUUUUCCUUGCUUCUUGACACUUCCUUGUCGAAUGCGGCUCAGUGUUGACAACUUUUAUGUAGUGUAGUUCUGAUGCGAGUACCAAAAACAACUCUCACUAUCCAACAGAUGAUAUUUUUCCUCGUGACGUGCAUUAUUCUGGUGAUUGUCAUGAUUAUCCAAGCCGCCAUUGCAGCUAUAGCGUACGUCUUUUGGAGUCUGUUCCAGGUUGCAGUGGACUGCAGGGUAUAUGGUGGUCGAUGUCGUUGUAGAAACAGCAAAGGCAAAUCUAUUCCUAUUGAAUGUAAGUACAGUUAAGUCUGUAUUAACCUUACACUCGCGGGACCAUCGUUAUUUCCUUGCAAUACGGGAUUGUUUUACCGAAAAUAUGGAGAUUAAAGUGUAGGACAUACCAAUAUUAUAGUGAGGCAAACUUGAGUUAGUGUCUCAGGAAACUCCAAGAAAUACGCACUUAUUUUACCUCUUGAUGUAGAAGAAACCGAUUGUUUACAGACCACUGGCAGAUCUAGGGGAGGGGCCCCACCAUAUUUUUGGGCCAAACCGGCUGAAGCCUGCAGGGCUGAGAAAAACAUUAGCCCUUAAAUAAUUUCCGAGGUCACCUCUCCCCCUGUUUUUCUUGGCUGUGGAUUAGCGGGGCUCUCUCUAAAUCUGAAUCCUUCACUUCAGACAACCCUCUUUCUCUCAACCACUGCUAGGGUUGUUUUGUUUGUAGAUGUUCUUCACUGUGAUUGCUAUGAUAGACAAAAAAAAAGGAUUUCCAAAAUAAAAGAAAGUACACGGCAGUGUUUUACAUAGGCCGAAGUUCAAUAAUUUUGAUAGACAUGUGUUAGCGGGACGAGGCUUAUAUAUGGCUUAUUUUUUGGUCUUCUAUUUUCUUCAUUUCGUCAAGUGGAGACAUGCGAGCUUAUUUCUUUGAUUGACGGUCUCUUCCUCGCCAUUACCAUAUUUUCUGCUCUGGGCACGAUUACGACCCUGGCUGGCUCGAUUAUUGGGUGUCUGGGAACUUGCUGUGCUAAGAAUCAGGUGAGGUACUUCACUGCGAAUUCAAAGGCAGUUGCCAAGGAUUUCAGCGAUUAGUGCAUAUUCUGUCUCAAAGUAGUUCCUUUUUAAACUUUUAUUACUGUUCUAUUAUAUCUUAUUUACAGCAUACUCAAGAUUUGAAACUUGAAAGUGAGGCCGACAAAUUCUUGUCAAUCAAUAGAGUUUAUACUGUAACUCUUCUUCAAAGUGUUGCACGACUGUUUUUUAUUACAAGCUCUACUUCCAGGACCCCGCCAACGAAAAACUGUAAUGCUAAGCACGAUGUAUUUGCGGAACUCACGGGAUUGCAUGUUACUACAGCUAGCUAAUCAAUAAAAUGUAGUGAUGAAAUAAUUCACUCCCACACCCUUAAGGUGAUGUCACACGAGACGAUUCGCAACGAGGAUUUUUAGCGCAACACAGCGUUGCAACAUUGUUGCGACAUUGUUUCGAAUGGUCACAACAUUGUUCCAGCAUUACAACGCUGUGUGGCGAAUCGUUCUGUGUAACAUCACUUUUAGACAGCCUAUUCUGUUAAUGGUUAAGCCUGUACUCUUCGGUACAGUAAAAGAGACGAACACGGAUCAUCCAAUCUCAGACUCGCAGAUAGAGUCUCAAUUCCGUAGAUCGAUUGCACUACGAAGUAAUUUGUCGAAAAGUGUUUUUUUUUUUUUAAAGAGAAUGCCCUUUUGGGUCUGGUAUGCGACGAUGUUGUUACAGACCGUUGCAGCUUACUGCCUACUUCAGUAGAACCGUUGUCCAGUGCCAUGUGCGAAAACGGAAUCUUGUCAAAAAAUGGUUGAAGGCUCGAAUAUUGUCUUAGACUCAUAAUAAUAUUCUGUUUCUUUUCCGUUUUAUGUAUCAAGCAACCUGGAAUGGUAGUGGUGCAUCAACCAGCUGGUACCCAGUCCUCACUGAUGUACACUUCCCAGCAGUAUCCCUCUGGACAAUAUCCUGUUCAAAACUAUCCGCCCCAGUAUCCCUCGGUAGGCCAUUACCCUCCACCACAGUACCCCGCAGCCACUGGGCCCGUGGACUCUGGAGCAAUACCACCUAAAGCGUAG